GCCAUUUUCAUCUCGUCUCGUUCCCGAUCAUGAAGCCGACGGUCGGUGCAGCCUUGGUUCUCGUCUUCGUCCUCGCCGAGGUCAACGCCGAUCGUGCCGAGGGUCAUGAUGGUUCACUGCAUGGGCUCCCUUGGCUUGGACUUGCUCACAGACGUCAGCUGGACGGCGCUGCACAGCGCGUUGAAGGAGUGCGGGGAAUCGGUGGAGAGCGGGGAGGCAGGGAGGAUGGACCGGCUGGUGCUCGGCGUCCGUCAGUGGCUCCAGGGGAUCAACGACACGAGGGCCGGACGCUUUUGUCCCUCUUUUCAUGCAGAGAAAAUGAGCAAGUUCAUCGAUGAGAAUUUUGCGGACCUUCUCAAAAGGGAGGAGGAGAGGGAACAGUGCAUCGUUACCAGGCUUGGCUUCGUCCAGAACAACCGGAUCUCCUUGAGCAUCAUCUUGAAUUUCUUCACCACCUCCCAUGAUGUUCAUCCCAUUCCGAAAGGAAUCGUGAAGAACUCGAAGGAUGGGGAAAAUAUGGCCCACUUCCCUCACUUCACGGCAGCCACGACAGGGUACAUAAAGGCCGCCAGUGGCGUGACGGACGUCCUCACGUCCUGGGAAGGGAAGGUCGCCGAGAACCUGAACUCCGCACACCUCCCACACCAUUAUACCCCGCACCUCAAUGCCGCACACAUUCCUGUCGGACAUGUUCCUGUCCAACAACGCCAUGUCCCAAGUCUCCAUGACACUCAUAUACCCGUUCGGCACGUGUCUACUCCACACUUCCGCGCUCCAGCCGACCUUGCCUCAUUCACCCAUUCUCCAGCCGACUCUGUCCCCUCAGUCACUGUCCCACCGUUCGCAGUCCCAUCUGAGCCUGCCCCACCCACAGCAUCAAUCCCUCCAGUCCAAUCUCCAGCUUCAAUUCUCCCAGACCCAUCUUCUGCUUCAAUCCCCCCUCCCCUACCCGUGUCUAUCCUUCCCCUCCCAACCCCAUCCCUCAACGACCCAAACCUUGCUCUCCCUCUCCUCCCUACCCAACUUCUCACUAAACCUGGAACCAUUCCAGAGGACCCGUCGAUCUCUUUGCUGUAGCGGCUUGAGGUUGAAACGAGCAAGAGUCACUGAACCCGAUCUAGCAGAUGUGUCGGUGACUUGGAAACUCUUCCUCUCUCUUUUCCUUAACCAAAUGCACCCUGUACUUUCUAGAAUACAAUUUUGCAGCUGC